UAAUCAGCAUUUUUAAAAUUAUUUACUCAGCCCUGUCUCAGAGAUAGUCCAUGACGAUCUGGAAUUCAACCUCAGGACAAAGUUCUCCCCUGUGCUUGAGACACUGCGCAACUAACUGGAACCAAAGGUGUUUAAUAUAUUAGGCACAGUAGAUUCUUCAGUGACACUUUCCAUGCAGAUACUUCAAGCAAAAUAAUGGAGCCCCGAAGACCGAAUGUGAAGACAGCAGUUCCAUUGUCUUUGGAAAGAUAUCACAUAUCUGAAGAGUAUGGCUUUCUUCUUCCAGAUUCUCUGAAAGAACUUCCAGAUCAUUAUAGGUCUUGGAUGGAAAUUGCCAACAAACUUCCUCAAUUGAUUGAUGCUCACCAGCUUCGAGCUCAUGUGGACAAGAUGCCCUUGCUGAGCUGCCAGUUCCUGAAAGGUCACCGAGAGCAGCGCCUGGCCCACCUGGUCCUGAGCUUCCUCACCAUGGGUUAUGUCUGGCAGGAAGGAGAGGCGCAGCCGGCAGAGGUCCUGCCAAGGAAUCUUGCCCUUCCAUUUGUCGAAGUCUCCAGGAACUUGGGGCUCCCUCCUAUCCUGGUCCACUCAGACUUGGUGCUGACAAACUGGACUAAAAAAGAUCCAGACGGAUUCCUGGAAAUUGGGAACCUGGAGACCAUCAUCUCAUUUCCUGGGGGAGAGAGCCUGCAUGGCUUUAUACUGGUGACCGCUUUGGUGGAGAAAGCAGCAGUGCCCGGGAUAAAGGCUCUUGUUCAGGCUGUGAAUGCUAUCUUGCAGCCCAACCAGGAGGCCCUGCUCCAAGCCCUACAGCGACUGAGACUGUCUAUUCAGGACAUCACCAAAACCUUAGGACAGAUGCACAAUCAUGUAGAUCCAGACAUAUUUUAUUCAGUCAUCCGGAUCUUUCUCUCUGGAUGGAAAGAUAACCCAGCAAUGCCUGCAGGGCUGAUGUAUGAAGGAGUUUCCAAAGAGCCCCUGAAAUACUCGGGCGGGAGUGCAGCUCAGAGCACAGUGCUUCAUGCCUUUGAUGAGUUCUUAGGCAUUCGUCAUAGCAAGGAAAGUGCUGACUUUCUGUACCGAAUGAGGGAUUACAUGCCUCCUUCCCAUAAGGCCUUCAUAGAAGACAUCCACUCGGCACCUUCCCUGAGGGACUACGUCCUGUCCUCUGGACAGGACCACUUGCUGACAGCCUAUAACCAGUGUGUGCAGGCCCUGGUAGACCUGCGGAGCUAUCACAUCACCAUGGUCACCAGAUACCUCAUCACAGCUGCGGCCAAGGCAAAGCGUAGGAAGCCAAACCAUCUCCCAGGGCCUCCUCAGGCUUUAGAAGACAGGGGCACAGGUGGAACUGCAGUUAUGACCUUCCUUAAGAGUGUCAGGGAUAAGACCUUGGAGUCAAUCCUUCACCCACAUGGUUAGGAGACUGCCCUCUCCCCAGCAAUACAGAGCCCCCAUGGAGGGCAGGUGGGCCUGGAGAAUGAGGGUCAGGGUUCUGCCUGGGAUCAUCCAGGAAGGAUCUCAGCCCUAUUCAUGUUCCUGCUCUACAGAGCACCAUAAUCUCCUUGUCGAGAACUGUUGACUUCACAAAGGAGAGUUGAUGUGGCCAAGACUUUCCUUCUCCACCUGAUCACUGCUUAACAGCAAGUAUCAUGGAUACUUCCUCAUGCAGAACCCCCCAGAGGAGUGACUGUACCCCAUUCUCUUUGCCAAGUAAUAGAAAACCAAUCUGAAUUUCAAAAAUCAGAUAAAAUUGCCCGGGGAUACAUUACCUGCUGAUUUUCUUAAAAAACAAAUUCACAAGCCUGUAAUCCCAGCACUUUGGGAGGCCGAGACAGGCGGAUCACGAGGUC